GUAUAUGUAAAGCAUUGUUAGCGGUUGAUAAGGAAUUAUGUACUUAUGUACGAACGACUAGAGAUAGAGACAAAAGAGAUGGAAAUGCAUUGUAUAUAUUAGAAGACUAAAACGUGUCUCUAAAACAGCGCAAGCAUGGUGAAAGAAGACGAAAAUUUCUUAAGAGUUACCUUAUUGCUGCUUCAAGGGGGUACAUUGGUGUCAAAAGAAACACUGAAGAUAGAAGUGAAGAAGUCUGGCAAAAACAUUGACGUUCUUCUAAAACCGUUCGAAAAUAAACUCUUCAAUAAAACUGUGAAAAGGCAAAGAGAAAAGUUGUUUCCUCAAGGUAGCACUGGAACUAAUAUAGAAGUAUGGGACAUAGCAAUGCUUGUCACUGUCCUGCUAACAGUCUUCAAAAACUCUCUAGAUGAUGACCAAAAAGAUCAUUUAAAUACAAUAAAGCGCAUAAGAGAUGAAGUUUUUGCUCAUAGUCACUCCUCAUCACUAAGCAACGAUGAGUAUGAUGAUAUACGCGGGGAGUUAGAGAAAGCAUAUAUGUCUUUGUCAAGUUCGAUAGGAAAUGACAAGAUAAGUGAAUGUGAUGACAUUAUAAAUAAAUGCACUAACGAUCCUAUCAGUCGUGAAGACCUAAAGAAACAUUUAGAGAACCAAGAGGACCUUUUCCAGAUAGUGCUUUACAAGAUGAAUGAACAUGACAAAAAACUGCUUGAAAUGAAAGAUGGUAGCAUUUUUUCUUUCUGCUCUUUCCUGACUUUUUUUUUAAAUUUUAAGUUCGACGACUAA